AUGGACUUGGCGCUCUGUCUAUUGGCUAACUUUUAUAUUUUCGAUAUUUUAGUAUUAAUUCCCUUAAUAUACAUUUCAAUUUGUGUUUAUUAUGGUCUUUUUAAAGUUAAAAUAUUCGGUCUUUUUGGAUUAUAUAAAUAUCAUUAAACAGAUGCUCCAAGUCUAAUGUUUUAUUCAAUAAAUUUCGCAAGAGUAUCAGCCCCUAUUUCUUAUAAUUAUUUGAAAAUUUUAGGAUUAAAAAAUUCCUGUUUUGAAAAAAUAAUUGGCACAAUGGACGAAGUUCCUAUUUUAGGUUAAGCAAAUGCAUAUUUUUUCCCAAUGAUUUUAAUUAUUCUUAUACUCUUUAAUUUAUUUGAUGUUUAUAAGAAAAUUUUGUAAGCUUUAGGCUUAGAAUAGUUUGAUUUUUCUGAUAAUUUCGAUCACUAAAAAAUUAAUGCAGGAAAAGGACUACUUUAAAAAGCUAGAAAUUAAUGGGAAAAAUAAUUUGAAAUUAUUAAAUCAUAAGGACAAGGAAAUUUAGAAGGAUAUAAUAAUGCAUCUUCUUUAAGAAAACAUAAAGCUUUGCAAAACAUUGGAAGGGAAUAUAGUUCCAAUAAAUCUUAAAACUACAUCAUUAUCAAGAAUUCCUUCAUAUCUUUAUAUAUAUUUAAAUGA